CAACACGCCUACCACCUAUAACAUAUUGCCAGGCAGGAGCCGAAUUGCCUUUAGAUCAACAUCAGGGAGGAAGCUCAGUUCAGCGGAAGUCGCUUUUUGGACUCAGUCCGAUCUUGUCAAACGACGACUAUUCCGGUCCUUUUGCGAAAGGGCAGGAGGGCAGGAGACAGCCCAUUAUCUUGCCGUUGCCUACGCCAUCAGUGCACCAUCGUGGACCUCAACCAAACCUCCCAAACCCACACAUACCUUCACAGUACCCUCGGGCUCGGCAUUCCCUCGAAGCCAUCAACCCCAUGUCGUUGCAUCACGAGGCAAUAUAUCAUUCACAGCCUGGCGUCGCAUGCCCACGCCCCUUCCCACCCGAGAUGGAGACACCGCCAUACGCAUAUCAGCGAAGACUCUCUGACGACCUCUCAAGUCAAUCUAGCACUCCGACUUCCCAAUCUGCCGAUCUGCCAGCGAAUGUUUCUAACCUUCGCACGUGCAAACAGUGCGGACAGCCAGGCCGAUAUGUGGACGGCAAAUGCAUUGAAAAAUGGGGCAAGGGCCCGCUCGGACGCGGGUCCAUAUGCGAUCGGUGUAGGAAGAAAAAUAAACGAAUGGAGAAACUGGCCGAACUCGAGAGAAGGAACCACGAAAAUCAGAAGCGGAUGCAGUCACAAGCCAAUUCAGCUGUUGGCAGUUCAAUAUCCUAAGUUGCGUCGUCCAUUAUUUGCCCAUUAGGCUAUGGGUGUCUCUUGUAUGCAGGAACAGGGAAUGCUGUAUUCUAGCGCACCUUUAUAAUCAGGCUCCACGUUUCCAGUGGCGUGCUGUCUCGUGAGAGAGUUCUAUCUUUUUAAUACUUUGUCUGCAUCAAUGAUACCCUACAAAUGGUACUAAAUUGACUG